AUGAGCUCUAUAAAGGCAAAGCAAAUGCAGCUCGAACAAGCGCUCGGUCUUCUCCUUGGCGGUAUGAAACCCCCAGCACCUGCCGACGAGGAGAAUGCCAACGCUGAGAAUGCCGAUGAAAAUAAUAACGAGGCCGCUGAUCUCCCUGGCGCUGACACCAAGACAGAAUCAAGCAUGAGCGUUGAGUCGACUGACUCCGCUGCUGAGAAAGUCACCAUUGGCAAAAAGCGACGACGAGGCAGCAUCAAGAAGAGCGAAGGUCUCAAAUUGGAGAACAAGGAUUCUAACCUUUCUUUGGACAUCAAAGUUUCGACAAUUGCUACAUUGCUACAUUACUACACUGCUACAUUUCCAACCCUGCUUGAAACUCCCACUAUCGGGAUCAACGAGCCGAAUCACAAGCUUUCAACUCUCUUGAAGCCAUUGAUCCUCAACCUUUACGAUACCGUCAUCCUUCUCCGCAACUGGAUCACCUUGAUGAUUCCCAAGAUCGAAGAUGGAAACACUUUCGGCGUUGAAGUUCAGGAGAACAUGCUUGUGCAGCUUAGACAGUGUGAGAUCUACAUGCUGAUGCUCAUUGAAGAACAGGGAGCUUAUCAUCUUGAGCGCGCUACGAUGAUUUCUAAACUUGCGACCAAUGGCGAGAUCCGUGAUUACAUGCAGUACAUUUACGAAGCCGACGAAAGACAUUGCAGAAAACUCCAAGAUGGCGCCCGACUCGUCCGCUCGCAGUACAACAUUAUCUACCGCUCGAUCACCCAGAACUACGACAAGAUCACUCGACCACGAGGAUAUGGCAACAAGAACAACAUGCUCAUUUACUAA